GCUGCGACAGAGGCGGAGGCUGCUCCUGAACGCGUCGGGACCGAGCAGCCGGAGCCGCAGCCCAGAGGUGCCGGGCGGUGCGCUGGGUGCUGCUGCCCCUGCUCGCCCGCCUGCGCCCGGGCCCCCGCUGCCACCCGGGCCCCGGCUGCCGUCGCCGCCCCCGUCGACCCCGCCCGCGUAUGCGCCCCAGCCGGGUCGCCGCCCCCGCCCGGGUCUCCACUUCUCAGUCGCACCUUCCAUGACAGCGCCCGCGCGAAGAUGGCUGCGAAGGGCGCGCACAGCUCCCACCUGAAGGUGGAGAGCGAGCUGGAGCGCUGCCGUGCCGAGGGCCACUGGGACCGCAUGCCUGAGCUGGUCCGGCAGCUGCAGACGCUGAGCAUGUCCGGCGGCGGGGGCGGCCGGCGUGCCAGCCCAAACACAGCUUACACCUCUCUGGACACCGAUGACUUUGGGAAAUUGCUGCUGGCUGAGGCUCUCCUGGAACAGUGUUUGAAGGAAAACCAAGCCAAAAUAAAAGACUCCAUCCCUUUGCUGGAGAAGAAUGAGCCCAAGAUGAGUGAAGCCAAAAAUUAUCUGAGCAGUAUCCUUAACCAUGGGAAGCUGUCGCCACAGUACAUGUGUGAAGCCAUGCUGAUCCUGGGCAAACUGCACUACGUGGAGGGCUCAUAUCGAGAUGCCAACAGCAUGUAUGCACGGGCCGGCAUUGAUGACAUGUCCCUGGAGAACAAGCCGCUGUAUCAGAUGCGGCUGCUGGCGGAGGCUUUUGUCAUCAAAGGCCUCUCCCUGGAACGCCUCCCCAACUCCAUUGCCUCCCGUUUCCGCCUGACUGAGAGGGAGGAGGAAGUGAUCGCCUGUUUUGAGAGAGCUGCCUGGAUCGCUCAGGUGUUCCUGCAGGAAUUGGAAAAGACUGGAAAUAACAGCACGUCAAGGCACCUGAAAGGCUCCCACGUGGUGGACUAUGAGCUCACCUACUUCAUGGAAGCCGCCCUGCAGAGCGCCUAUGUGAAAAACCUGAAGAAGGGCAAUGUCGUGAAGGGCAUGAGAGAACUCCGGGAAAUCCUACGGACCGUGGAGACCAAAGCGACUCAGAACUUCAAAGUGAUGGCAGCCAGGCACCUGGCGGGGGUCCUGCUGCACUCCCUGAGUGAGGACUGCUACUGGAGCCCCCUGUCCCACCCUCUGCCUGAGUUCAUGGGCAAGGAGGAGAAUGCCUUCGUCACACAGGCUCUGCGGAAACCUCACCUCUACGAAGGAGACAACCUCUACUGCCCCAAGGACAACAUCGAGGAAGCCCUCCUGCUCCUCCUCAUCAGCGAGUCCAUGGCUACUCGGGAUGUGGUGCUAAGCCGGGUCCCAGAGCAGGAGGAGGACCGGACAGUGAGCUUGCAGAACGCUGUGGCCAUCUAUGACCUCCUGAGCAUCACACUGGGCAGGAGGGGGCAGUACGUCAUGCUCUCAGAGUGCCUGGAGCGAGCCAUGAAGUUUGCGUUUGGAGAAUUUCACCUUUGGUACCAGGUGGCCCUCUCUAUGGUGGCCUGUGGGAAGUCAGCCUAUGCCGUGUCCCUGCUGCGAGAGUGUAUGAAGCUGCGGCCCUCAGAUCCCACCAUACCUCUGAUGGCUGCCAAGGUCUGCAUUGGGUCUCUGCACUGGCUGGAGGAAGCGGAGCAGUUUGCCACGAUGGUGAUUGGCCUCGGGGAAGAAGCCGGGGAGUUCCUCCCCAAGGGCUACCUGGCACUGGGUCUCACCUACAGCCUGCAGGCUACAGAUGCCACCCUGAAGGUCAGGCAAGAUGAGCUACACAGGAAGGCACUGGAGACGCUGGAGAGAGCCCAGCAGCUAGCACCCGACGAUCCCCAGGUCAUCCUCUAUGUCUCCCUGCAGCUGGCCCUCGUUCGGCAGAUCUCCAAUGCCAUGGACCAGCUGCAGGAGGCCCUGAAGGUGUACAGGGAUGAUGCCCAUGCCCUCCACCUGCUGGCGCUGCUCUUUUCUGCCCAGAAGCAUCACCAGCACGCCCUGGACAUUGUCAACAUGGCCAUCACCGAGCACCCUGAGAACUUCAACCUGAUGUUCACCAAGGUGAAGCUGGAGCAGCUACUGAAAGGCCCUGAGGAAGCCCUCGUGACCUGCAGACAAAUGCUGCAGCUGUGGCAGAGCCUGUAUAGCUUCUCCCAGCUAGGAGGCCUGGAAAAGGAUGGCAGCCUCGGUGAGGGCUUCACAAUGAAGAAACAGAGUGGCAUGCACCUGACCUUGCCUGAUGCCCAUGAUGCAGAUUCUGGCUCCCGGCAAGCAUCAUCCAUCGCAGCCUCCCGGCUGGAGGAGGCCAUGUCAGAGCUGACCAUGCCGUCUUCAGUCCUGAAGCAGGGCCCCAUGCAGCUGUGGACCACACUGGAACAGAUCUGGCUCCAGGCCGCUGAGCUGUUCAUGGAGCAGUGGCACCUCAAGGAAGCAGGUUUCUGCAUCCAGGAGGCAGCGGGGCUCUUCCCCACCUCUCACUCAGUGCUCUACAUGCGGGGCCGCCUGGCCGAGUUGAAGGGCAGCUUGGAGGAGGCCCAGCAACUGUACAAGGAGGCGCUCACGGUGAACCCGGAUGGGGUGCGCAUCAUGCACAGCCUGGGUCUGAUGCUGAGUCGGCUGGGCCACAAGAGCCUGGCCCAGAAGGUGCUUCGGGACGCUGUGGAGCGGCAGAGCACCUGCCAUGAGGCGUGGCAGGGCCUGGGCGAGGUGCUACAGGCCCAGGGCCAGAACGAGGCUGCCGUGGACUGCUUCCUGACUGCGCUGGAGCUGGAGGCCAGCAGCCCUGUGCUGCCCUUCUCCAUCAUCCCCAGAGAGCUCUGACUGGCACUGUAGCAGCAGGAGGGAGGGGGCUGUCUGUGGGGGCCAGCAGGUGCAGGCAGGAUCGGGGAGGACAGUGGCAUCCGGUUGUAGGACCUAAUGGAAAUACAGCUCUAGUGAACACUUCUGUAGGCUACAGCCCUACUUCUCCUGGCUGGGCCAAGAGGGUCUUCCAGAUUGCUUCCCAGGUGCCUUGGAGACAUGCUGGCUUUAACCUUAUAUGCCUGGCAGAGUUGUGAUCAGACUGGCUCCCUGAGAACUCAGACAAGGGAGCCACAUUGCUGAACUUCAUCCCCACCCAAGCCUCUGCUCCAGGUCUCACUCCCCAGUCUCUGGAUAGCACAGACUUCUGGGCCACUCUCCAGGUCUCCUCCAGGGCAGUCAUAACUGAAGAAACUGCUGACAAAGGGGAAAAAGAUGGGAUCUCUGUGUUGCCCUCUCAGACUUUGAGUCAGUGAGUGAGUCCAGCAUUGCCCCACUUUGACUACUAAGGCCUGCUGACCCUACUGUGUUCUUCCCUUCUGUUCCCAAGUGCCUUCAGGACCUCUGGUGUCAGGCUUGGGUCACUGAACACUGGCCCUGACUCACUCUUCCAUUUCCACCACCCCCAUCUCCCUGGAAACAUGCCCCACCCCAAGUAGCCUCCUAGGCCUUUAGCUGAGGGCCCCAGGAUACAAAACAUGGUCACUGGACCCAGCCCUUCUUAAUGCCCUGUGUGGAAGUAUAGUUCCUUUAAGCCAUACCCUACAAUUCAGGUCCCUCCAGGGCUGGUAGCAUGAAGGUGGGAAAUUCCUAGGAAGGUCCCUGAUACAUCUCAUCACCCAUAGCAUGUUAGUCACUUUGGGCUUUCUUGGGCAGCCUGAGUCCCACCCUGGCCAUUUGGGUCCCCCUGCCUAGACCCCUGUGCAGGCUGUGGUUGGAGACCUGAGGGGUACAUGGAGCUCAGCCCCUUCUCUCUGUGGCUGAGCAGGCCUCUGUGCCUGUGACAGGCCCUGGCUGCAGGAGUCCGGUGAUAGCUAAGCAGAUGUUUUCUCUGCCUGCUCCUCCCGGCCCUGCUGUGUGAUGCUCUUAAAACUCUGACUCCCCAAGAGUCAGUCCCCCCAAGCCCUGCCAAGGAAAUCCUUUUGUAUCUGCACUUUGGGUUUUAGUUUUGAUGUUUUAUCAGGUACAUGUGGACAGGUUGGGUGAGGGCUACCCUGGUUGGUCGCAGCCCCAUCUCUUUAGAAGGAAUAGCUGUGUGGUGCCCCCCUUUGCUGCACCACACUGGCUCAGCACUGCACGUCCCAAGGUACUUCCCAGGAGAGCCAGUGCCUUCUGCCUUCCUGAGCCAGGCCCAGGGCGCCACAGGGGAUGCUGGAUCCUUUACCUCUUUUUUUGUUGAAGUAUCUUGCUAUACAUGUAUGUGUAUAUAUAAAUAUAUAUAUUAUAUAUAAUAGAGAUCUAUUUUUGUUCUGGAAUUCUGUUAGAAAAAAAGUAAAGAAAAAGCAAAUGCUAUUGAUAUAUCUUGGAGUACCCAAAGAUGUUGGAAGUCAAGUCUUGGUAAGAGGAAAAAUGUACCAAAUACAUUUCAACUUUUAAGCAUUCCCUCAUUGGAAGCCACAGAGGGCCUGGCCAAGUUGCUGACAGUGACUUUGAAAAUUUAAUAAAGAGACCCUUGAAGGGGAAGCAGUUCGUCUGAA